CUGCAGAAAUCAGAGGAUAAAAAUCGAAAAAAUAGGAAUAAAGAUAAAGAAAAGCGCUAUUUUCCUGCGAAGAAAAUCCUCAAUAAUGGCCAUGUAAAAGUUGCCCAAAAGCGGAGAAGACCGAAAGGCCUAAACUUUAACGCAAGGGCUGCAGGAAAAAAGAAGGAAAAAAAAGGGGGGGAAGUUGCUCGCGAGACCUCAACAGUCAAGCCCACAAGAACAAUCUCUGGGGUUUUACGGUUUAAGGCAAGGUCUUGUGAAGAAAAAAAAAAAACAAAGGGAAAAAUGAUGAUGAUCUCGUCCAUGGCGUCGCCAUCUUCAGCUACUGUGAGGGUCGAGAAAGCGACGAGCGAGUUCUUGAUCGGGCCCGAUUGGACUCUGAAUAUGGAUAUUUGCGACAUCGUUAAUUCCAAUCAGAUGUAUGUGUUUGAUUAUCUGUACGAUUCUAGACAUGGGUCUCUUUUGAAAUUUGCAAAUUCUGUUCAAGCCGAAGUUCUUAAGUUGAGUUNGCUGGCAAAAGAUGUCGUGAAAGCUGUGAAGAAAAGGUUGCAGCACAAGAACCCUAAAGUUCAACUGCUUGCUUUAACGCUUCUCGAGACGAUGGUCAAGAAUUGUGGCGAUUAUCUGCAUUUCCAAAUAGCCGAAAGAAAUAUACUGCCAGAGAUGACAGAUAUGCAUGUGAGGGAUAAAAUUCUAACUCUGAUUGGCUCUUGGCACGAGGCAUUUGGUGGGGCUGGAGGGAGAUAUCCACAGUAUUAUAUGGCUUAUGAGGAUCUCAGGCGCUCGGGUGUGAACUUUCCUCAACGUCCACCGGAUGAAGCUCCAAUAUUGACUCCACCCGUUACACAUCCGAUAUCGAGACAUCCUCAGCCCAGUUAUGGUAUGCCGAGUAGCUCCUCGACAAGGCUUGAUGAAGUUAUGGCUGCAGAUCAAAGUAUAAGUUUAGCGACCUUAAACUCCAUGCAAGAUGUUCUUGGCCUAUUGACUGAGAUGUUGCAAGCUGUUGAUGCAAAUGAUCGAUUGGCUGUAAAAGAUGAAGUGAUAAUCGAUCUCGUCGAGCAAUGUCGUACCAAUCAAAGGAAGUUGGUGCAGUUGCUGGCCACCACUGGGGAUGAAGAACUUCUUGGUCAGGGUCUUGAACUUAAUGAUAAACUACAAAUUGUGAUUGCAAAACAUGACGGUAUAGCUUCGGGUACCCCACUACCACCCGAUGUAACAAAUACCCCUCCAAGAGAACCUGAAAAAAAACCCGAAUCGAGCCCCAAAUCUCCUCCUCAAGCCAGCACGCCUAAUAACACAACAUCAAACGAUCCUCCUCCGCCACCUGGCGCUAAGGGUUUGAAUUUGAUCGAUGAAGAGGAUGAAGAGGAAGACGAUUUUGCUCUGCUUGCUCGCAGACACUCGAAAACGCGUGUUGUCCCGGCUUCAGAAGCUCCAUCGAGUCCUUCAAUGAGCAAUGCACUUGUCCCGAUUAGUGGCCCAACUACGGGCCCGGCCCAAACCCGAGACCAAGACAUCAUAGACCUACUCAGCAUAACCUUAUCAACUGACCAGACCUCUCAGGCCCCGAGCUCGACAAACCACAACACUCGACCGGAAAAUGUCCCUUCGACUGGACCUUAUCCCGUAAACCCUAGUUUAGCCUACAACAAUUAUGUAGCUCCUUGGGCUCAACCCCAGCCCAGGCCCAAUUUCCAGCCUCAGCCUGUUUACAAUUCCCAGCCGGCCCAGUUUGAGACGACCCAGUUGACCACAUACCCUCCUCCACCUUGGGCUGCAACGCCAGGUUAUUUCACCAAUCAACGGCCUUACAAUUACUCGAACCCGAGACCUUCAUUUUCAUCUAACCCUAGACCUUUGUUAAAUAAUGAAUCUAUGCAACAGUUUAAUAACUCUGGUUCGGGUUUAGCUGCACCGAAUGUUGGGCCAAAGCCGUUUGUUCCAUCAUAUAGAUUGUUUGAUGAUCUCAAUGUGUUUGGUAAUAAUGCUGAUGGGAGAUUUCAAUCGACGAGUAAUGGAUCGUCUGGCUUAUCGGGAUCGAAUAGUAAUAAUCACAGUAUGGUUGGAGGAAAGAAGUGAGUGAUUAGUUGUUAGUUACAACUAUGUUAAAGGGGUGUCAAUUUGGUGUAUAUUUGUUUUUAACCUUUUAUUGUUUGUUCUUUUGGGGAGAACUUUGGAGUGUAAGUUGGUAGAUUGAUUGCACUGUAGGUUUUCGAGCGAGCAACCGAAAAUAAGAGGUUUUAUUGGUGAAGUAGAGGAGUGCUUCUGGUUCUUAUAUGUUAGAUUGUGAUUGUUUUUUAUUGAUUGGUUUUUAAUAUCUUGAUGCUUGCGUAUGUUAAUUAGAGGUUUUAUUGGUGAAGUAGAGGAAUGCUUCUGUUUUUUAAAUGUUAGAUAGAUUGAGAUUGUUUUUAAAUUGAUUGGUUUUUAAUAUCUUGAUGCUUGCGUAUGUUAAUU